AUGCUCAGAAGGCUCCCUCUGCUCAUCGCUGAUGGAUUCUCCAACGCUCUUACAAGGCGUGGGUACGCGACAAUGUCACAAAGCGCUACAAGGGAGGAGUGUAAGAACCCGCACCGAGCACCCUCAAUCAGCGGUAAGAUAGCACCCAAGUCAGGGGAAGACAAGGUGGCAACCUCUAAGAAGGAUUCAUGGGUCCUAGACCCCGUCACUGGUUACAGCAAACCGGAGAACACCAAAGAGAUUGAUAUUGCUGAGCUGCGAGCGACGAUUCAGGACAAAAAUUUCAACCAUUAA